AUGAGAAGGUAUUAUAAUGAUAAAUUAAAAAUUGGUAAAGUGAUGGAUAUUUUAUUUAAUAUGGUAUUCUCGAAUGAUUAUGAACCAGGUAGUGUAUCUGGAUUUGGUAACAGUUAUAACAGUGAGUUUAAUAUGCUGCUUGGUGUUGGAAACGCUUUGAAAGCGCUGACUGAAGUUAUUGGACCAGAUCUUCGGAAUAUUAGGGUAAAAUUUAAAGCAGUGCUGUCAUCACUUAAUAUGUGUCCGUGUUCUGAUGUUCAGGCAGUUUCAUUAAAGAUAAGUGAAUUAGUAUCCAUGUUCAAGAUGGAAACAUUAUUUAACUUUAAAAUGUCGAUGUUGAUUGUGAGGUCGUUAAUUUUGUCAUUUUUGAAGAGAGGUAUGCCUAGGUCAGGUUUUAAGGUUUCGGUGGAAUAUUUAUUGGAAAUGGGCAAUUAUGAAGAUGUCGUUUUAAAUCGUUUAGUUUUCACUUCGUUUUUGGUUUUUCCAAAGUAUAGAAGCCUAAGAAAAUACAUAUAUGGAUGGCUCAAGCAUGAGAAUAGAUUAAACGUUUUAUUAAAGAUACCUGAUAUGAGUCCUUAUGCAUUGCAAUUUUUAUUGGAGGUGUAUCGUGAUUUAAUAGGUAAAGAUGAAGAUUUGAGUUCAAUAUUAAAAAUAUGCUAUACAGCGUCUGUCUCAAAUAUUCCUUCUUUACAAGUAAGUGGAUUAGAAUUGGUGAAAAAGAUUUUGGAUGUGUAUGAAGAUGUUGUGGAUCCUGAAGAUGAAUCGUCAUAUUUAUUGGAGCAAUAUACAGCGUUGAUUACAGGAGUUGUUAAUCCGUUGUUUAGUAGACCAAGUUAUCCAGAAGUUAUAUGUUGUGCCUUUGAUAUUUGUGCCGUGUCGUUAUCAAAUAGAGUAGUAAGUUAUUUGGUGGAUGGUUUACUAGAAGUUGCUGAAAAUAAACCUAUCCUUAAAAUUGGAGCUUCAGAAUUCCCUUUAAAUAAAAAACAACUCCAGGUGAAGCUUAGUAUAUUAAGAGCAUGGGCAAAUACCAAGGGCGAUUUUGUUAAAGAGUACCUCAAUGUGCUAGUACCAUUGUGGAUCAUAACAAUCCGUGAACAUUACUCUCCAGAGAUAGUCGAUUCCCUCUGUGCACAAGAUCCAUCAAUCAUCAAUAACUUUGACCUAGAAGGGUUUGUGUUUGUGAUGUUCGGAGAGAUACUGCCUUGA